AUGGACGAGAGAGGAAGCGAUAAAGCAAAGGCGGAAUUAGCUUUGCAAGCUCGUUUCAAUGAAAGGAGUAAAGGUUCGAAAGGGAAAUGGCCUUCGAAAGGGAAGCAAGGCGAUGGUGAACCUAAACAUUCGAAGGGACAAAAGGGUGAGAGCAGCAGCUCAAACGGUUAUGGUGAUCGAAGCAACGCGAGAGGUGGAAAACCAAGAGACAUGAGCAAGGUACAAUGCUGGAAAUGCAGGAAACUUGGGCAUUUUCAAGCAAAGUGUGGUGCUAAACAGCUUGAAACUAAAGGGGAUGAAGCCAAGGUUGCUAGGCAAGAGGUGGAUGAUGAAGCCACACUCUUAAUGAUGAUUACCGAUGAGUGCGAAGGCAUGACAGAGGUGCUGGACAGCAGCUGCAAGUCACGGGACAGCAGCUGCAGCAGUGCAGAAAAAGCAACAGUUUUGAGUUCGGAACAAAAUGUGAUGAUUUCGGUUCGUGAUGGAACUCAAGGCAAAGAGGAGUGUAUUGGUCAAUUGCUCGAAAAAGGUUACAAUAUACGAUUGGAAGAUAAGAUCUUGCGGGUUGUUGAUGCUAGUGGAGUGUUGAUCCUAAAGGCUCCCAUGGCUACCAAUAGGACUUUCAAAGUUGAGCUGAAAGUAUUGAAGCAUAGGUGCUUAGCUACAGCUGCAAGUAGAGAGGAGUGGUUAUGGCAUUACCGUCUCGGUCACUUGAAUUUUCGUGAUCUCAAAGCGUUGCAACAAGAAGGUAUGGUUGUCAUACCCUAA